GUCAUCAAAGAUAGUCACUGAUACAAAGACACGACAUCUCUGCUCUCUGGGGCGGCAUCAGGUGACUGGGCGCCGGUGACCCGGUCUGACCGAUCCACGACACUCCGGCUGAGCACGACACAAAAACAGCAUCACGAUGAGCUUCCCACCACCUGAAAGACUGCGGAAUGGACAGCAGAAGGCGCCCAGACGCCUCCCUAACAUGUGCAACGACUACAACCACAGGGGAGGGUGUAGCCGCUCCAAUUGCCAUGAGCUGCACUUGUGCACACAUUUCCUUCAAAACAGAUGCACAGCCGAGCGAUGCAACAAGGCUCACGCCCUGGGGACGCCCAGAAACACCCUGCUGCUGGAGAGUGAGGGGUGGACAGGUCCGGGGGACCUGGAGUUGGCGCUGGACAUCCUCCGCCGACUGGCUCGAGAACAGGCGGUCAGCAUCUGCUUCAAUUACAACCUGGGCAGCUGCUCUGUCCCCAACUGUGACCGGCUGCACGUCUACUACCGCCGCGUAGUGAAUACCUGUCCGCUGGACGACUGCGGCCUCAGUCACGACCUGUACGACAAGCAAAACGCCGCCCUUCUGGCCAGUGCCGGUCUGACCGAUACUCCUGUGCCAGAGCUCCUCAGGCGACUGCAGGAGCAGGUGCGCCACCCACCUCCCCAGCCGGGGCUCUGCGGAGCCUACGGCAAACAGGGCUGCCAGGGACACUGCCUGCAACUGCACUACUGCGAGGCGUUCCUCCACAGUCGCUGCAGGUUCGGAGACAGGUGCUCAUGGAGUCACAGCCUGAAGGACCGGCACAACCAGCGGGUGCUGGCAUUCUUUGGCUGGACAGAAGAGCAAGUGCUGGAGGAGCUGAGGAAGGAUAGAAGCGGCAGAUCAGCUUCUCGGCCAGCCGGAGCUCGAACUCCUACGGGACAAGAGGACCAGGAAAGGUCCGACCGACAGGGCCUCUGCGAGGGACCGCAGCAGGACCCCAGUGCCGAAACCCGCAUCAAAAGGGUCGACACCGCUGGGAAGGAUGUAAGCCAUGUGAACGAUUUACUUGAAAAAUCGGGCAAACAACUACAGAGACAUUACAAGAUGUGUGAGCAGACAGCCAGAGUGCGCCCGCAUGCAAAAGAAGACAACCUCUCGAGCCAGCAGUUGGAGGCGGAGAGACAGCAGUUGGAGGCGGAGAGACAGCAGUGGGGGCGAAAAGAGACGGAAUGGAAGGAAAAGGAGAGAGAAUGGAAGGAAAGGGAGAUAGAAUGGAAAAACAAGGAAGCGGAAUGGAAAAACAUGAAGGCAGACUGGCGCCAAAAGGAACACGAGUGUCUAGAAAAGGAAAUAAAGACAAUACGGGAGCGACAGCAGUGGCAGCAAAAGGUGACGGAGUGGGAGGAAAAGGAGACGGAAUGGGAGGAAAAGGUGACGGAAUGGGAGGAAAAGGUGACAGAGUGGGAGGAAAAGGAGAAGGAGUGGAAAAACAAGGAUAUCGAAUGGCAGAACAAGGAGGCAGAAUGGCAGCAAAAGGAAAACGAUUGGCUAGAAAAGGAAAGAAGGGAAAAAGAAACACGCGAGACAGAGGAACGAGCGCGGAAAGAACCCGAAGACAAACUAAGAGACGAAAGUGAACGUGAGAGGCAAAAAUAUGGUCAGGAAAAGGGAGGUGACUUGAGAGCAACUAUAGAAAAAGAAUCGCGAGAAACAGAGUUAAUGCAGAGUUAUGCAAAACUUAUUAUCGAUCAUGAAUGCAGCAAGAAGACCAUGUAUUCUCUUCAGCAAAUGAACGCUGAUUAUGAACGGCAGAUCGCCAGUAUGCAGACUCUGGUGAAAGAGCUGAAGGAUAAAGAUGAAGAGCGAGCGAUCAAAAUAAAAACAGAAGAGGAAGACAAGAAAAAGAACAUUGAAGAACUGACAAAACUCCGAGAACUUUUCCAGAGACAGAAAGGAUACGUGGAAUGCAGCGUCUGCCUUGGCACCUUCGUCGAGCCAGUAACCAUGGAGUGUGCCCACACAUUUUGUAAAACCUGCAUAGAAAACACGCCGAGACCCGCCGGAGAAACGCUUGGUAUCCCGCGCCCUCUAAAUCCAAAUGAAAAUCGCCAGUGUCCGCUCUGCCGUACGGUGACAAACGUUCAGGUCCCCACUCUGGCUCUCAAAAACAUCUCCAGCACCUUCUCUGGCGAUCAGCAGCGGGGAGCGAUGAGGAGGGAUCAGCAGCGAAGAGCCGCCAGGGGGACCAGCGGGAGCCGCAGAAGGCGCCGGCGUCAUGAUGAUCAUCAACCCGCUCAGGGGGUCACCAGUAGCAGCGAGGUUCGUCCGAGGGCCAGGUGAUCCAGAAGAAAUAAAAUGCAUAUAACACUCAAAAGCUGACGGUGACCUGACUUCAAUCAUGUAUUUUGUUAUCGAAAUCGUUUGAUAACAUUCAGGGGGGUGUUACUUUUGCUUUUGAGAUGGGGUGCACUUGGUGGUGGGGGCGACAUUCAAUGUGGAUAGGGGUGUCUCCAACCUCCAUAGAUGGUACCUAUCUCUCAAUUUUGAUAAAAAUGCUUUGUUGGUAUAUUUCAGAAUUCAGACUUGAGACUGAUCACCAUUUUUGUUCCUCUGACUUGGUUUGAACACAGUCUGAUGUUGCAAGCUGGCUUUUGAAGCUAAUUUAUAUAGGUAUCGUUGUAAACGACUGACAAAACUUCCCUGCCAGCUUUAGCAUCGGCGUCCAAUCAUUUUUUUUUCUGACAGUAGGUACGCAGAGCAAUUAGCAUGCUGCCGCGAACGCAUUCACCUCACCUGUCGUCUCAUCGAGCUCGGUAGAACACGAUCCACAAUCACAACUCAGUGAAAAAUGGACCUCUUCGCAGUUGAAACCAAUAGUCUGUCUUUAUCACAUUUCAACGUGCGUGAUUACUUGACGUAUGUGGGAAUGAGUUCAGCCUUGUUUUAGUUUACAACAUUGAUAGCACAACACCGGAAUAGCCAAUGACGUAUUUUCCAAUAUCAGACAUAUGCUCUAUUUCUGAAAUAAACAUGAAUAUUUUUU